ACGACGGUCUUGUGAACUCACUUGACGAAAAGAAAGAGCGAGAAGAAAAAAGUUGCCAAAUCAAAAUGGUCACCGAGCCGAAGUCCGUUGAGCCCAAGGUCAGCACCAAGGAGGCGCAGUGCCAGUCAUCGGACUGCGAGACUUCCCAGCAGGAGCCGGUCUCGCAAGUAAGCAGCCCGAAGGUCGCCCGUGUGGGGAUCUUCAAUGCCGAGGACUUCUUGUCGCGUGCUCAGAUGAACGACAAAAUCAACAACAUCUUGCGCUCGCCCACCAAGCCGCCCAACGGGGUGCGCCAGCGCUCCGUCUACACCAACAACCCAUCGCCGCAAGCAAGCUUGCGUGUCGGCAUGACUGGGGGGCAGCUGUCCCAACGCAUGAGCAACAUCUCGCUGUCCUCCGGCACGGACUCCGUGGGCCACAUGGAUCGCGGCAGCAGCUCCAGUCUCGCUAGCAGCGCCACCGUUGACACCAACACCAUCACCAGCGGCAUUUCCAAGGAGUGCGCCAAUUACCCCGUCGGCAGUCAGUCCAUACGUCCAACUGCCGGGCAUACACAUUUCCAACCCUCCCCAGUACGGGCCAAGGAAUAUGCAGGAAAUAGACGCUGGCGAAAUGGCGCACAACGGCAAGGCACUCACAGGGCGCUACAAUGCCACGCCCACCUAUGGCUUCGACAACGAGCAGAACUACUGCCUGAAUUCCCAACAGUUGCCGUCUCCAAUGCCCCCUCCACCAUACGCCUUGGCACGCGUGAGCAGCACACGCAACUUCGAGCUCGAGAACCACACACCGCCGGCAUGUCCCGGCUCUGGGCCCAUUGCCAUGACGAACGGCACCAUCCAGUUGCGCCUCCGCGAUGGCGUGCGAAUUGAUAUGACUCUGGACAA